UAAUCGAUCCUUUCUAUCCCCACCUUGCCUGUAGAUCAACAAGCAGUCGGAGCAGCCCAGAAACCACCUUGCGGGUCGGUGGGAGUUUACGGGUUACCAUGGUAUUCCCGGCAUUUGUUUUUGUUGUUGUUAUCGCUUUGGGUGCAUGCGAGGAAGAGUUGUGCACGUCGUCAAAGAGCGGCGGGAGUGUCUGCAAUAAAAGCUCCAAUGGUCACCACAACAAAUACGGCAAAGAAAUCAAUACAAAAUAUGCACAAUAUGAAAAUGCCAUCAAGAAAGCUCAAGAGGAGUACGAGAAUUGCGAUGAGACGAAAUGCAAUUGUCAUGCCGGUGUUAUUUCCGCCGAUUUGAAACGCUUCAAAGCUGGUAUUUCCAAGUCUAUGAUACAGAAUGUUAAAUCCAAGGGUACGAAGUAUCAAAUCAUCAAUAACCGCCUAUACCGAGAGAAGAGUUGUAUGUUUCCAGCGAGAUGUAUCGGAAUAGAGCAUUUCCUCUUACAACUUUUACCUAAGCUUCCUGACAUGGAUUUGAUAAUAAACACUCGAGAUUGGCCUCAGAUUGCCAAAAACUAUGGUCCCUUUGGACCUGUAUUUUCUUUUAGUAAGACUUCCGAUUACUAUGACAUCAUGUAUCCGGCUUGGGCCUUCUGGGAGGGCGGACCCGCUAUUUCUCUCUAUCCCAGAGGAAUCGGUCGCUGGGAUCAGCAUAGGAAUGAAUUGGGGAAAAAGUCGAACGAAACUAAAUGGGUGGAUAAAUCUAAUUUGGCUUUCUUCCGAGGAUCUAGGACAAGCGCAGAACGCGAUCCUCUGGUUCUAUUAUCAAGGGAAUUCCCUGAGCUCAUCGACGCGCAGUACACUAAGAAUCAAGCUUGGAAAUCCGAGGCGGAUACUUUACACGCGCAGCCAGCCACUGAAAUCUCAUUCAAAGAUCAUUGUAACUAUAAAUUCCUGUUCAACUUCCGCGGCGUUGCCGCCAGUUUCCGCUUCAAACAUGUGUUGCUUUGCAAAUCGCUUGUAUUCCACGUGGGCAACGAUUGGCAAGAGUUCUUCUACUCGUCGCUAAAACCAUGGGUUCAUUACGUUCCCGUCAAGUCGAACGCUUCCCGUGACGAGCUAAAAAUAUUGAUUGAAUUUUUCUUAGAGAAUGAAAAUCUUGCCAAGAAGAUAGCCGAGAAUGGAUUCAAGAUGGUUUGGAACAACUUAAAGAUGAAAGACGUUACUUGUUAUUGGAGCAAACUGUUGAAGCGCUACGCCAAAUUGCUGCAAUACCAAGUGACGCGCGAUCAGGAUCUCAUAGAAAUAAGUAAUUAAAUGUGAUAAAUACAAGAGAAAUCGACAAUAAUCGUGACAAUAACUAUUUAUCUUAAAUGUAUUUUGUUUAAGUAGAUAAUACAAAAAGAAAAUGUAAACUAUAUAUAUAU